AUGGCUGAUAGACAGACACUUUGGAAAGUUCUUCGACACUAUGGUAUUCCUGACAAGAUAGUGAGGGUCAUACAAGGGCUCUACAAGAUCACCAAAUGCCAGGUCAUCCACAACUCUGCACUUUCACCAUCUUUCAGUGUGCAAACAGGGGUGCGUCGAGGUUGUCUACUGUCGCCAUUAAUUUUCUCGGUAUUUAUUGACUGGAUUAUGAAAACCUCAAUGACACCACCUAGAGGUAUUCAGUGGACACUCUCUGCCAAGCUAGGAGACAUUGACUUUGCAGAUGAUUUUCCAACAAUUGUCAUCUUCCGAAAAAGGGGAAAAUAUUAUCCAUCUCAAACUGGUCUUGCAUUUAAAGCAGUAAAGGAAGAUGGCAUGUCUGUAUAUAAAGCAGCUAGGGUUUUUGUUCAUAUUUGCAACCUGCGUAAACCCUUCCCAGUCAUGGACCUGACCCCCUUUUUACAAGGGAAGAGGAGGAAAGCUUGA